AUGUUAAUAAAUGCACACAGAUGGACACGCUACUGCCGAACGGUGUUAAACUCGGUACAGGUAGCGUCGCGCACAAUGAACGGUGCUCGCCGAAUAUUGGUUCCCAGCAGUACUGCAGUCGAACUGUACCGGGGUAAGAAGGACGAUAGUAAGCUAUUCACCCCGAUUCCUAUACGACCCAGCCCGGACGAUAUAAAUGUCGGUGCCGAGCUGACGGGUGUGUUAGAUAAGGCGGAAAUGCUGAAGGUGAUAUUGAAGUUCAGCAAUCGGAAAGAAAUAAAAUUCCUCUGCCUGGAAAAUGGGAUCGAUUCGAAUCUUCAACAGCAAGCGUUUAUCAGCUUUCGGAAGUACUGUCUCGAAACAGAUGCACUGCCGGCCGAUCUACACGUGGUACUUAGCGAUAUACUGCAGGGAGCGGGCCACGUAGAUGAUGUCUUUCCUUACUUUUUGCGGCACGUGAAGCAAAUUUUCCCACACCUCGAGUGUAUGGAUGAUUUGAAGAAAAUAUCUGACCUUCGACAACCGGCCAACUGGUACCCGAAUGCGAGGGGCAUGAACCGGAAGGUGAUUUUCCACUCCGGUCCCACGAACUCGGGCAAAACGUACCACGCUAUGGAACGCUUUCUCACCGCCAAAUCGGGAGUGUACUGUGGUCCUUUAAAGCUGCUGGCCAGUGAAGUGUACAACAAGAGCAAUCAGCGAGGAACGCCUUGCGAUCUGGUGACGGGCGAGGAACGCAAAUUUGCCAAUGCUGAAGGCAAACCGUCCGCGCACGUGGCUUGUACUGUCGAGAUGACGUCCAUCAAUACGCCUUAUGAAGUAGCUGUAAUCGACGAAAUACAACUGCUAAAAGACGUUGGCCGUGGAUGGGCAUGGACGAGAGCAUUCUUGGGUUUGAUGGCGGAGGAAAUUCACGUGUGUGGUGAACCGGGAACGGCCGACCUGCUCCAGAAGCUGUGCGAAACCACUCAUGAAUCGCUCGAGGUGCGCAACUACAAACGGCUCACGCCACUCCACAUUGAGGAUCAAGCACUGCAAACGCUCGAUAACGUUCAGCCCGGGGACUGCAUUGUGUGCUUCAGCAAGAAUGACAUUUACGCAGUUUCGCGCGAGAUAGAGGCUCGCGGCAAGGAGGUGGCAGUCAUUUACGGUGGCCUACCGCCCGGCACCAAGCUGGCCCAGGCGGCCAAGUUUAACGAUCCGAACAACAGCUGCAAGGUGCUGGUCGCCACAGACGCCAUCGGUAUGGGACUGAACCUAAGCAUACGGCGCGUUAUCUUCUACUCGAUGAUCAAACCAACGAUGAACCAGAAGGGUGAAAAGGAGAUGGACACAAUUUCGGUGUCGGCGGCACUCCAGAUAGCGGGUAGGGCCGGCCGUUAUGGCAUGAAGUGGGAAGAGGGAUACGUGACGACGUUCAAGGCGGAAGACUUACCUACCCUGAAAGGCAUUCUAGCCCAAACACCGGAUCCACUCGCCCAGGCAGGGCUUCAUCCGACCGCAGACAUGAUCGAGCUGUACGCGUACCAUCUGCCGAACGCAACUCUCAGCAACUUGAUGGAGAUAUUCGUAUCACUCAGCACGGUCGACGAUUCGCUGUACUUUAUGUGCAAUACGGAGGAUUUCAAGUUUCUGGCCGAAACGAUACAGCACGUACCGUUACCGCUGCGGGCGCGCUAUAUUUUCUGCUGCGCACCGAUCAACCGCAACAUGCCGUUCGUGUGCUCGAUGUUUCUGAAGUACGCACGCCGGUACAGCCGCAACGAGCCGGUUACGUUCGAUUGGCUGUGCAAUCAGUGCGGUUGGCCGUUCCAGCUACCGCGCACCAUUAUCGAUCUCGUGCACCUGGAGGCGGUGUUCGAUGUGCUGGAUCUGUACCUUUGGCUGAGCUACCGGUUUCCGGAUCUGUUCCCAGACGAGAAGCUGGUACGCGAUAUACAGCGCGAGCUGGACGACAUCAUACAGCAGGGCGUGUUUCAAAUAACGAAACUGUUGAAAAAUUCGGAAACGGCCGUUUCGACCAACACGCCCGACGAGGAUUCGUUCGUGAUGCGGCAGAAGAAGAGCAAGUACUAUCGGGAGGCUGGAGCCGGUGCGGGUGGGACACGCGGUAGGCUAACGGAGCGGCUGUUGGCGCAAGGACUGCUGACACCGGCAAUGUUGCAAGAGUUGAAGCAAGAAUGGGACCAGCAGGCGAAGCGUACGGGGAAGGGUGGCGCGGAGGAAGACGAUGACGAUCCGUUCGACGGUGGCAAGAAGGGAUCAUCGGGCCGGCGAAAACUUACCCGUGGAAAGGGAAAGUAA